AUGACCAGUCGAACUUUUAAACCAACACCAGCAUUUCGGAAAAAGGAAGAGCAGCUACGCCAAUCGAUAUUCUUGGAAACCAAAGAAAAACUUCAAAAUGACAUGCAGAAGCUUUUCAAAGACACUCAAUAUUGUGAUGUGGUACUAGUAUCACAGUCCAACGAGUUGCCUGUUCAUUCCUUUAUAGUAGAAGCAAGAUUUCCUGAAUUUUAUAAAUUCAUUCAAGAUCAGCCUGAUUCAUGCAAGAUUAACAUUCCGGAGGUACCGUUUGCCGAAUUAGAAGGAUGGGUGAAAACACUUUAUUCGGAGGAUAACAUUAAUCAUAUGUUCAUUAAAGAAGCCUUGCGUUUAAAUGAGGAAAAGAAUGGAAAGCAGCCAACCGGAGAAAAGGUUUCAUUGUCUGGUGAUCUGUUGUCACUUUUUAAUGAAAGUAGUACUGGAGAUGUGGAGUUUUCUGUUGGCGGGAAGACUGUUAAAGCUCAUAAAGCAAUUUUGGCAGCUCGCUAUGAUUAUUUUGGCGCUAUGUUUUCAUCGUCUUGGAGAGAAGCUUCUCAAUCUAGCAUUGUGAUACCCGAUGUAAGCUACGAAAUAUUUCUCGCCACCUUGAAGUUUAUUUACGGAGUUACUCAGGAUAUAUUGAGUUUCCCUGCCUCAAAGGUGUUCCGGUUUGCUGAUAUGUACGGCAUGCAAGAUUUGGUGGAUUUAAUUGUGGUUGACCUUAAGAUCACCAAAUGUCAUUUAUUUCACAAACCUUGCGAGCAUUGUAUCCCACAAGUAUACGAAUGUUUGAAACUGUGUGAAGGUUUGUACCAGACAAAAAACUUCCAGUUGCAGUGCAUUCAAUGGAUAAGUAAACACUUCCAGAAAACGCUAGCGUGCAGACAAUUCCCUCGUAUGUCCGACAAUUUCCAAAAUGACGUGCGGCAAGAAAUACACAAGCAGAUAUCGUCUUCAACAGUCUCAUUAACAUGGCUCAAGUGCAAUACUUUGAUCACCUCAUUGAAGAACCUCAACACGAGUUGGAGUCAAACAGUUGUAAAGUUUGUUGAAGAAAUACGUGAUCAAUGUCUGAAAAUAACUGGGGAAAACUUUCCGGUUGUCAGCGAGUUGUCUACUAUCGCGGUGUUUAUAAAGGAAACUAACAAUUCAAGUUCGCUAUUAGAACAAUUUUUGAAUGAAAUACUAGAAAGGUUAACCGUAAUAAACUGUUGCUACAUUCUUCAAGGUUUGCAGAAACUUAUUGACAGAGUCCAGGCUAUGGACGAAAGUGAAAGUCAUUAUCGUAAUCCAUUUGACUCCGAAAGCCUUCAGGUUGUACAAGAAUGCCUCAAACGAUGUGAGAAGUUCAUUAUUGGGAGGAUUGGACCAGUUUCGCAAACAAAAGCAUGGAAAGAUAUUUCUUCGUCAAAGCAACAAGAACUGAAAAGUAGUGCGUUUUUUGUUGACUUGUGA